AGUGAUCAGAGUUGCAGAGACUGAGGAUCAAGUGUAUAUAAAACAAUGGAAUUCAGAAAACUGACCCUGUUAAAGUUUUUGGAGCUGGCGAUUGCCAUUGCUUGCAUUGGUUUACAUUACAAAACGCGUACAAAUGAUUUUGAUACAGACACUUUAUCUUGCACCUCUUUUGGUGGUUAUAUCAUCAUUUUAAUAGGAACUAUUGCAGGGGUUUUGAUGGGCACGCCAAUAAGUAGAAGGAUCUAUAUUUUCUAUUGUCUAGUAGGAUGCGCUACUUUUGUUGGAGCAGGAGCUUUGAACAUCGAGAUAAUGAAACACUGGGGAAAGUCAGAACUGAGAGAUUACGGAUUUUCGAAGGCGAUUUUGGCCAUUAUCAAUGGCUUUGUAUUCUUGGCUGAUGCCUUGGUGGAGUGGCGUGAAUAUUAAAUUAUUAUUGUUAAUUUU